AUGUAUCGACGUUUACGUGAUGUACCAAUAUGGCCCCCCAGGGAUGUUGUCCAUGAGUUUAUGCCACAGUGCUUCAAACAGGAGUAUCCAAGUACCCGCAUCAUUCUUGACUGCACUGAAAUCUAUAUUCAAACCCCCUCACACUUCCGCGUUCAGUCAGAAACCAACUCCUCAUAUAAGAGCCACAACACUGCAAAGGGUUUAGUUGGCAUUGCUCCAAAUGGGUUUAUUACUUUGGUUACUGAUUUAGUCUCGGGUAGAAUGUCCGACAAGGAAAUUACUGUGAAAAGUGGACUUAUUGACGGACUGGAUGAGCAGGACUCAGUCAUGGCUGACCGUGGAUUUUUAAUUGAUGAAUAUCUGGCACGCAAAAAGGUGAAGUUAAACAUCCCACCUUUUUUGCAGGGCAAGGAACAGCUGUCUGUUGAAGAAGAGGAUGAAACUAGGAGUAUUGCUAGAUUGCGUAUUCAUGUUGAACGCGUGAUAGAACGUAUUAAAAACUUUCGAUUGUUACAGUUUGUAUUUCCGAACUCCAUGGCUACAGAACUGAAUAAAAUCUGGGUUAUAUGUUGUUAUUUAGUAAACUUCACUUGUAAACCCAUUGUUGGAGACAAUGAAUAA